AGAAGGAUAUUGUUCACGCAAGCGCAAAUCUACGAACUAGAGAGGCGCUUCAAACAGCAAAAGUACCUUUCGGCACCCGAACGCGAACAUCUAUCUAAUCUCAUCGGACUUACGCCCACACAGGUUAAAAUCUGGUUCCAAAACCAUCGGUACAAGACAAAAAAAGCAUUGAAAGAUCCAGCUACUACUGCUACUGGUGCUACAGUGACGACAUCUGCCACUGUGGCCAAUUCUAAUAUGAACAGUCAAAACUCGCCUAAAAAAGUCAUCGUUCCUGUUUUGGUAAAAGAUGGAAAACCU